CCUGUGCUUAAUUACCGUUAAAAUAAUCACCACUACACAACACAUUUUCCGUUUCACCCAAAAACCAUUUUAGCAAGGAGAAAACCCCCACCCGCGGCGGCGCCUCCCCCUUCUCAUCAGGGGUUUCCGUUUUGUAAAUUAGGGAUUUGAUUGGUUGAGAUGGGUUCUUGAUUUGGGUGAACCGAAGAUAGAUAGAUAGAUACAUGUUGUGGAGUGUUUUUGUAUAUAUAUGAUGCUCUACAGCUCUUUCAGUUCUUGGAUCAGUCACUUCCUUAAUUGCAUGGGAAGUUGUAUUGGCUGCUGUGUUAAAUCGGACCCUAUUAUUGCCGUGGACAAGCCCUCAAACGGGCUGAGAAUUCAAGGCCAAGCGGUCAAAUCUGGCCUCUCCGACGACUUUUGGAGUACAAGCACUUGUGACCUUGAGUACAACCCCUCAAUGCAGUCCCAAAGAAGCUUCUCCUCAAUCACUGUAUCCAAUCAAAACCUCGGCAUUACCACUGCUUCCAAUCAUCCCGAGUUUGUAGAUCAUGGUCUUAGGCUAUGGAACCAGAGCAGGCUUCAAUGGUGUGGAAACAAAAAGCCACAAAAGAAAGGAAAAGUUCAGGAGCCCGUAUUAAAUUGGAAUGCGAAUUACGAGAACUUGCUAGGGACGAGCAAGCGGUUCGCAGAGCCGGUUCCUCUCUCUGAAAUGGUCGAUUUUCUUGUGGAUAUAUGGGACCAAGAAGGGUUGUACGAAUGAGGAAAAGCCCACGGUGUAUUUCGGUCAUGGCUAAUAUAUUCUGUGAGUUUGACCUUUUAAACAAUGUUUAAUUUUUUUAAUGUAUAGUUUCAAAAAGGGUUUAGCGAUUCGAAAGCUCGAAAAUGAGUAAACUCAAUAACAAUAUCUUUCAUGCAUUAUGAUUCUAAACUAGUUACUGAUAAUUUGUCUUGCUACUAUACGAGGAAAAUUGAAUUUUAAGUUCGAUUUUAUU